AGGUUUUUCUAAGCAGCACAAAGACACUCACUGGUUGCCAUACUUGGACCUGAGUAAACUUCACAGGUGUCUGAAUCAAUCCAUACUCAACCAGACUGCUGCCAGAACUGUUAGGAGUGCAGGCCCAAAUGUACCUCAUUUGCAUGAAAUUUUCCUUUAUAAUUUUUUUAAACCCCGUUUUUAAAAUAAGGCAUACAGAGGUCAGCUGAGGAGAGUCCCCACAGCCACAGCUUGUUCCCAGACGUCUUUUCCCAGCCAGGCCACUCACAGGCCAGACCCUGGUGAGUGUGGCUUACCCUGUGGCCUGGGGUUGCUGGGCAGAUUUUGUCACUUAUUUCCCUAAGGAUGUUGCCCAUCCCCAUUCAGCUGACAGUUAGAGUAAGUACUCUGGUUUGCUCUGCGUUUCCCUGAACUAGUUAGUCCAAAUCCCUUGUCCUUGAGAUUACUUUUCCUUUCAGGGGACUAUAAUGAUCAGUUUUUCUUUCUUUUUUCUUUCUUUUUCUUUUUUGGUUGUUGUUUAUUUGAUUGAUUUGCUGUUGUUGUUGUGUUGUGGUGUGGGGGUGGGGGUGGGGCGGGGGUUGGACAGUCUCCUGUGUAGCAGCCCAAGCUGGUCUGAGACUUGACAUGCUCCUGCCUCAGUCUCUGAGUCCUAGGCUAGCGUUACAGGACUGGGCCAUCCGUUCCAGCUUCAAUUUUUAUUUCCAAUAUAAGAAACAAUUACCGCACAGAAAACAUAAAUACAUAAACAAAAACUGUACCUUUUGCCAGAUAUAGCUGAUACAGAUUAUUCAGUGGGCCCAUAGCACGUCUUUGUUCAUUCUGUUUUUGGGGGGAAAAUGGCUUUUUUUCUCUCAAUUUAUCAAACUGUCUCUGAUGCUGCCAAUCACGGGCCUUAAACCUCUGAUGAAUGGGCAUAUAAUGUAAACUGAUAGAUUAUAUCAGUACGUCUGUCUGGAUAUUUUACAGAAGGGAGGCUAUGUGAACCCAGGACAAGCGAGCAAACAAAGUCCUUCCCCGUAAUUUUCAAGAAGUUGAAAAACGGCUGAUGCUAUCGUUUGCCAGGAAACAGAUGAGGUGGCUAAGAGAGCCUUUUCAAGAGUGAAAGGAAAGGAGAAACAGAAGUGGGGACUUACGUCUGGAUGAUUUCAUUUGUACCUGUCUCUGGUUUGUUCACUUGAAACAGGUGACCUCUUUCAGUUUUAAGUUUGUUGGAAUAGGGUUUCGGUCCCUUGCAACUGAAAGGGGACUGAGCAGAGCCAGCCAGAGAGCUGAGCAAGCUAAAGAGCGCUUGCUGUGUGAGAGCCCGAUGACCUGAGUUCAAUGUCUGGAACCCAAGUACAGGUGGCAAGGGACAACUGACUCCACAGAGUUGCCCUCUGAACUCCACAUACAAGCCAUGGCGUAUGUGUCCACAUGCAGGCCUUAUACCCAUGUCUGUGCAUGCACAAGCACACAUAGAUGAAAACAUUAAAAACAAAUAAAUGGGAGUUGGGGAUUUAGCUCAGUGGUAGAGCGCUUGCCUAGCAAGCGAAAGGCCCUGGGUUCGGUCCCCAGCUCCGAAAACAAAAACAAAAACAAAAAAACAAAUAAAUGAAGCUGGGCAGUGGUGGUGCACACCUUUAGUCCCCGCACUUGUGAGGCAGAGGCAGGUGGGUCUCUGAGUUCCAGGUCAAUCUGCCAGACAGAGUGAGUUCCAGGACAGCUAGAGCUUCAUAAAGAAACCAUAUCUCAAAAUAAAUAAAUAAAAAUAAAUAAAUAAGUGAAAAGAUUGUAAAAUAGCUGAAGGUCCAUCAAUGGCAGUGGUUGACAUCUUUGGCUGCAUCCUCUCUAUUCAUGCACCUAUAUCUAUUCUACAGGCUUGGGAGGAAUGGGAGGUACCUGCCCCAAAAAGGAGCUAACUCCAUAUCUGCUAAUGGAAAGAAUAUGUCUUUUAAAACCAUCAACCUAAGGACCUCCUUCCUCCUUUUUUUGUUUCUCUUUUGGUCCAGGUCCUGUGCUCAAGAAAUCUUCCCACCUCAGUGGUCAAAGUCACUGGCACUGUAAAUACAUGGUGCUUACAAAUUUCACUGCUAAAAAAACCUGGACCAUGAAGGCUAGGAAUGCAGUUCAGUGGUAUAGUACUUGGUGAGAUGAAUCCCUUGGUUUGAACUGCAUCACCCAGACUGUGAUGGUUUGAAUGAGAAAUGUCCCCCCAUAGGCUCAGAGGUUAGAAUACUUAAUCCCCAGGGGUGGCACUGUUUAGGUAGGUUUAGAAGAUGAGGCCUUGCUGGAGGAAAUAUGUCCCCAGGGCCAUCUUUGAGGCUUCAAAGCCACUAGCAUUCCUAAAUCUUAUUUUGCUUUAUGCUUUUGAUUUAAGAUGUGAGCCCUCAGUUUCCUGUCUCUGUAACCAUGCCUCACCGUCACGAACUCUAACCCUCUGGAGUGUUAAGCCUACAUAAACUCUUCUAUAAGUUGCCUUAAACAUAGUGUUUUAUCACAGCAGAAGAGUAACAACACACACACACACACACACACACACACACCCCACUCCCACCAACAAACCUUUGACUUUGGGCAAUCAACUCUCCAGACUUCAGUUAAGAUGUUUAGCCCUGGGGUGGAGAGAUGGUUCAGUGGUUAAGAGCACUGACUGCUCUUCCAGAGGUCCUGGGUUCAAUUCCCAGCAACUGCAUCGUGGCUUACAACAUUCUAUAAUGGGAUACAAUGCCCUCUUCUGGUGUGUCUGAAGACAGUGACAGUGUACUACAUACAUGAAAUAAAUAAAUCUUUUUAAAGAAAAGUCCAACCCUCCUAGUUUGUUAGGGACUGAGCAGCUUCUGAGUCUUGAGGCAUGGGUGGUCAUUGCUAAAACAGGAGCUGUCUAUGGCAAACUAGGACAGUUCCUUAGCCAAGUUUAAGUCCCUAUCUAAUGAGAUCGGGCUGGACUGGCAGUGAAAUUCUGCCAAAAUCUAUUCAAACAGGAGUUAACAACUGACUUCAGAGCUGAUUCCAGUGACUUUAGGUAUCUUUUCACAAUCCUUUAGCAUCUGGCCAGCUGCUAGAUGUUGCAUUGCCAUUUUUGAACUAAACUUUUAACAAACUGCGAUUUUAAGGAUCAGGAUUUAUUGAGGGUCAGUUUUAGAUCAUGCUCUGUUGCAAAUCCAGAGUCAGACUUUCUUCUGCUCUGGCAAGUUCUCUAAAACUUGCAGAUCUUGGUUUUGUUGUUGUUGUUGUUGUUGUUGUUUUGUUUUGUUUUCUUUCCCGUAUUUGAUUGCACAUUUGGGUAAAAAUAUGGACUGGCAACGGGUUACAUAUAAUUAAGAUAGUUUUCCUUUAAAUGAUGUGCUAGAUCUACAUAAACACUCUCCUACUAACGCUCUGAAUUUAUGAGUGUGCUUUUUGGAAAUUACUAAUCUGAGACUUACUGGUCUGGUACUUGUCUAAACCUUGUCUGGGAACAGAACUACGCAGAAUCCUAAAGCCAACCUAGCCCCAACAGCCACCAACUUUCCACCAAGAUGCCUACUUCCACCUUUCAGUGUACAGUCCACAUCCCUCCCUAUCGGUGUGGAGUAUGCAAAGUCCUCAACGACUUAGGUUUCCUUAACUUCAAGUGGCCCAUCUGGGGUUAUUCUGCGUGGCUGGCUGGGGAACCAAGAAGUUCCAGAUCGCCCAUAAAGGGCAGAAAAAAGGUCUGCGGGGCCGUUCCUACUUGCUAAGGGAGGGGCGGAUCCCUUCUAGGCGGUUGUUCGCAGAGAAGCCCGAGAACAGGCUAGGGGAAGGAGAUUGUGCUGCGGAAGGAGCUGGGUUUCACUGCAACCAAGCCGCCCCGCAAGCUAGUGGGUGGCGCAUGCGCGGCGCGGGUCGUGGAGUUGUGAAUGGUGCGUCUUGUUUGCUAGAGUUUGAGGCGGGCGGGCGCGCGAGGAGGAGGAGGGGUGGGGCCGGCGCGGGGCGGGGGUGGGGGACGGGAGAGCGAGGGGGGCGGCGAGAGGAAGUGGCGGCUGCGGCCGGGGGAGGCUAGAGCUGUGUCUGCGCGGGCGGCAGGCAACGGCUGAGGCGGUGGUAGCGUGGGUUGGGCUCAAGCAGACGGCCGCACCUCAGACUCCCUGGAGCGGGAGCCCACGCGGGCGGGCUCCUGAAACAAAGAGAAGCGGGAAUCCGGACGCCGCGAGUGGGCGAUCAGCCCGUCAGCACUAGGGCCCGCCAGCGGGUGCCCGCGCUAGCUUGGAGCGCGGCCGGCCGGCGCGGCCUGAGGGCGGGAAGAUGCCGCGCGUCGUACCGGACCAGAGGAGCAAGUUCGAGAACGAGGAGUUCUUCAGGAAGCUGAGCCGCGAGUGUGAGAUUAAGUACACGGGCUUCAGGGACCGGCCCCACGAGGAGCGCCAGACACGCUUCCAGAACGCUUGCCGCGACGGCCGCUCGGAGAUCGCUUUUGUGGCUACAGGAACCAAUCUGUCUCUCCAGUUUUUUCCGGCCAGCUGGCAGGGAGAGCAACGACAAACACCUAGCCGGGAAUAUGUCGACUUAGAAAGAGAAGCAGGCAAGGUAUACUUGAAAGCCCCCAUGAUUCUGAAUGGAGUAUGUGUUAUAUGGAAGGGCUGGAUUGAUCUCCACAGAUUGGAUGGUAUGGGUUGCCUGGAGUUUGAUGAGGAGCGAGCCCAGCAGGAAGAUGCAUUAGCACAACAGGCCUUUGAAGAGGCUCGAAGAAGAACUCGAGAAUUUGAGGAUAGAGACAGGUCUCACCGGGAGGAAAUGGAGGCAAGAAGACAGCAAGACCCUAGUCCUGGUUCUAAUUUAGGUGGUGAUGAUCUCAAGCUUCGUUAAUAGGAGCACAGCACAUGUGCCCCCCAUCUCUACAUACACACUGCUUCUAGUUGGUAUAAAUAACUCAUUGUGCGACCAGAAACUGUGAUAACUGGAGGUACUACAGUAUAUUUCAUGACCUGAGGCAGAAAAGACACCAUUAGCUGCCAUGGUUUUGCACUAUAAUACCUGCAUUUCUGAUUUUUAAAACAUGUAGCCAGUAAUAAUUUGAAAUUUUUUUCUAUGCAAGCUUAUCUUGUUGGCAUUAUUUUAGUUGGGUUGAAAGUAUCUACUUUCUUCAUUUUAACUUAAAAGUUCAUGUCAUUUAGAAACAAGAUAAGAAAUUAAAAUUUAUAUCAGGGUUGCUUAAAAUUCUUUUGUACUUUCAGACUAGUUGGUUAUACAGCUUUUCUUCUUAGAUAAGGGUUCUUGGUUUUUGUUUGUUUUCUCUAUAUCAUUUUGUGUUUUUGUAUUCUGCACCAUUUUACAAAUUAAAAUGUGUUUUCUGGUUUUUUUUUUUUUUACAAGCUAAGAACCUAGAAUAGAGCUGUCUGCCGCAGCCUCCUAAAACAAAAGUUUACAAUUGUUAAAGCCACAGUAUCCUUUUAAUUGCUAAUAAUCAACCUUUCUUUCCCUUUUAAACAUAAAAAUUUAAAUUAGUAUUAAUUUUUGUCUCAGAUCUUGUUUCAAGUUAUAUUCUGUAAUCAUAAGUUAGGUAGAGAUAUUCUUCAUAGGUGAUAAUGUUCUACAGAAAUGCCCAAAGAAGUCACAGACUGGCUUCUGUUUUAUUCAGGGAUUUUUUUUUUUUAAUCAGUCAGAAAAAGGAUACUGGAACUUCUUGUAUGUAACAGCAUAUUAAACUGGAGGCAGUGAUAAAUCAGCUACAGAAGUAAGUAAAUUGUAUUAAAAUAAUGUUUAAGAUAGCUGCUUUCAUGUGUAUUUUGUAUUGCAUGCUUUUGUAGAAACAAAAUUGAUGAUGGAGAUUAGUCUUAGAAAAUAUUCAUCUGUGCAGAAGAUACAUUUUCUUCCAUUAAUUCUGGGCAAAACAUUCACAGUUAUAUAUGAUGGUAUUUUACAAAAGGACUAUUAAUAGUGCCUUUUGAGAUGAAUCAGUAUAACAAUAUUUUUAAAACAGGCUUAGUGUCAAAUUACAAUUUUUUUAACUAUAAAAACUGGAAAAAAGUGCUAAGUCAUUGGCACAUGCUUACAGAUACUUUUCGUGGUCAUAUUCAUUAAAUGUUACUACAUUUCUGAAUUUUUGCAAAAAUGUAUUUUAUCAUAAAAUGGCAUUAUUUUAGAGAAUUUUAAAAACUGACAUGGUCAAUUCAGAAAAGUCUGAAUAAGGUCAUUGCAUUUAAAAAGCAUAUAAAGAUACUUGAUUGUGGAGGUGUGACUCAUUGUAUAUAGGUCUUAUAAUUCAUAAACAAGUACCCUGUAUCUCAAAAUAAAGAUAUUUGUUAUAUAUUUGAAGUCGUGCAUGAUAAGCAUUGUGUUUGAAUUAUUAUAAACAAUGUGUUACAAAAGACCAUGCUGACCUUGUAUUGUUACCAAGCACUAUGAAUGGAUUUGGUUGGUAUUUGGUGUGCGGUUCACAUGUUUACACUCUGUGCCGUAAUUCCUUUGGGGAAUUACCUUUUUAAAGUGAUCCUUCAUUUUUUAAAAUAACAUGUUGAUGGUACAUUUUCUCUGUUGCUUCUGGCCAAGAGCUUUCAGUCCAGCAGUAAAAAGAUCACAUGGUACUCCUGUUGUUGCCAUCCCUCUGUAAAUAGUGAAUGUUUCUUACUAGUUCUGCACUGCUUCUGUCUGUCUUAAUGCUGGCGUUAAGAUCAUAUACUCCUUUUCUCCGGUAGUGCAGGUUUUGAAAAUUACUUUUAAGUUAUUGAUGCAAUUUCAUGUUUUUUCAUAAUCUAUAUUUAAGAUGACAUCAUUGCAUCAUUUUUUUCUAAAUUCAUCUCCAUUAAAACUUGCCUUAAGCUACCAGAUUGCUUUGCUAUUAGCUUUACUGUACAUCUGUAUGUUUUAUUUACUUUCACAUUAAAAUUCUGUGUAGUGAAAA